AUGGCAGCGAUAAUGGACAUUCAAAUGCAGCAUCUCGAUGAUCUUAAUCUGAUGGGUCUACAAGAGCUGGACUCGCACUUGUCAAUAUUCGAGUCUUCGAAUCCUGGAAUGGAGUCAUCUAUCGGUACACCAGAAUCAACAUCUAACUCUACCUAUGGCGACUCCAUCAACACGACUGACCAGCUAACCACAAUCGUUGUUGAAGCGCCAGACGAGAACUACACUAUCAAGAAUCCUUAUGGAUCCCGUGCGAGAUUUGCUAAUGCGAUCCAACCUGAGCACCUUACUAAGUCGGGCCCGGAUGGCAGCCUGCAACUUAGACCUGAAAGCGGUCGGGAUUCGAUGGCAUCGUCAAUGAACACGGAUAUCGACGACGGUUCAUCGGCCCUUUCCUCAAUAUCGAGCAAAGCAACAUCUCCUAUGGGAUUUCCUGAUGGACGCUCAAAUCAGACCACAAGUUCGGCAUCGCAUAAUGUCAAGCGUCGUGAGAAAUACACUGUCCGGCCAAAAGUCUCUAUACCAAGCGACCUCACCCCGAGCGAGUACGCAAGACAGUGCAUUGCAGCCGCCGAAUCCUCCCGUCUCAACCCGUACAGUUUGCAUCCCGAGGAACAUGCAAUGUUGCGUCAACACAUCACCCAUCAACAAGUCACAACAUAUCUUAAUAUCCGGAAUGGCAUUUUAAGGCUGUGGACGAGAAACCCCAUGAUCGGAGUAAUGCGCGAUGAAGCUAUCGGAUGCGCAAGAGAUAUUCGUUGGUUCGACACUGCCAGAGUUUGCUAUGAGUGGCUAGUGCGACGAGGCUACAUCAAUUAUGGCUGUCUCGAGCUCCUAGAAUCUGUGAAAGAGAAGAAGCCCCGAGGCCACAAGAGAAAGCGGAAAACAGUCGCCGUUAUUGGUGCUGGUAUGUCCGGCUUAGGCUGUGCAAGACAACUGGAAGGUCUCUUCUCUCAGUUUGAAGAGAGAUUUCGAGCGAUAGGCGAGGAUCCACCCCAGGUUGUUGUGCUCGAGGGUAGAGACCGGAUCGGCGGACGCGUGUAUUCCCGAGCGAUGAAAUCGAGACCGAAGUAUCCUACUCUCGGUUACGGAAGUCGGUACACUGCUGAGAUGGGUGGAAUGAUCAUCACUGGCUUUGAUCGCGGCAACCCUCUGAACAUCAUUGUUAGAGGUCAAUUAGCAUUACCAUAUCACGCUCUGAAACCGGACACCACAAUCUAUGAUGCUAUUGGAAGACCGGUGGACAUAAAUCGCGACCAGUUUGCAGAGAAGUUGUUCAAUUACAUUCUCGACAGGGUCAGUGAGUACAAAUUCAAGACGCCAACACCUUUCGCUGCGGAGGGUGAUAAAGACCUCUUGGAUGCUGGUAAAGAUGUCAGCUCUGAAGGAACCAGAACCAUAGGCGAAGCUGAGGAUGUUCCAAGUAGGCCGACAACAAGUUCAAAUAAGCAGGCAUCUCGCGCCCCUUCGGAACAGAUGAUACCCGUAUCCUCAGACCGACUCACAGGCAGAGCACAUCUUGAGCCUGGGAUCCCAGGCGUUCAUACAGCUGCUUUCAAAGCACAAGAGAUCGGUUGGCGUCUUCGGCCAGGUGUCGGAGUCGAGCAAGACUUGGACCUUGAGAAUGUCGUCAACUCGAAAUAUGCCACGCUAGGCUUGGUUUUCGACGAGGCCAUUCGACAAUACACUCGAAUCAUCGACUUUGCCCCACUUGAUCUGCAACUGAUCAACUGGCACGUCGCUAAUCUAGAAUACAGCAACGCUAUCACUUGCAACAAGCUGAGUCUAGGAGGAUGGGACUUGGAUGCCGGAAAUGAGUGGGAAGGUAAACAUACCAUGGUCACUGGUGGCUACCAGCAAGUUCCUCGAGGUCUGCUGAACUGUCCGGAGCCAUUGAAUGUUCGACGAAGGAGCAAAGUCACACGCAUUGCCUACAGGCCUGAAAGCAACGACUCUCCAUCGUUAAUCGAAUGCGAGAAUGGAGAAACACUUGAAGCAGACUAUAUCGUCUCCACAAUACCGCUGGGUGUGUUGAAGCAGCAAAAUAUCACGUUCGAACCCGCCCUGCCUGAUUGGAAGAUGGGACCUAUUCAAAGAAUUGGCUAUGGCAUCUUGAACAAGGUCGUUUUGGUGUAUGAAAAGGCUUUCUGGGACCAGAGUCGAGACAUCUUUGGAAUCCUCCGCAAUCCAGCAAACCGGUUUAGUCUCGAGCAAGCGGAGUAUUUCUCACAGCGGGGUCGAUUCUUUCAAUGGUUCAAUGUCACGAAUACGACUGGGCUACCAACUUUACUGGCUCUGAUGGCUGGUGACGCAGCAUUCUCAACAGAGAGCACGCCCAACGAGCUGCUAAUCGGAGAGGCUACGAGGGUUCUCAGAAGUGUGUUCGGUUCCCAGGUGCCCAUGCCAAUCGAAUCUGUGGUGACUAGAUGGGGCCGCGACGAAUUUUCGUAUGGAAGCUAUUCAUAUACGGGCCCCAAUUUCCAGCCAAACGACUACGAGGACAUGGCCAAACCAAUUGGCAAUCUGUUCUUCGCCGGUGAGCACACUUGUGGUACUCAUCCCGCAACUGUUCACGGUGCCUAUAUCUCUGGUCUGAGAGCAGCAUCAGAAGUUCUGGAGACUAUGAUUGGUCCGAUCGAGAUUCCUACUCCACUGGUCUUGCCGAAAGACUCGUCGUUGAAGCGAAAAUCUGACGUAUUUCGAAGCUCGAAGGACCCAAAGCAAGCUCGUCUUGAGGCCUAUGAAGCCGAGGUCUGGGAUGCCAUCUAUGCAAAGCUGGGUGAUCGACCCUGGCGACCUGCAAAUAAUUACGCAAAUCCCUACCGCAUGUACACCAAAGACAAAUGGGACGAAGCCAAGCAGAAGUGCGAGACGGGUCGAAGACCAGGCAAGGGCAAGCCCAUCCCAAACGAGGUGAAGAAGAUGGUCACGAAGAUGUGGAAGGAAGCCUCCGAGGAAGAAAAGCAACCAUACAACGAGAGAGCAGAGGUACUGAAGAAAGCCUAUGGAGAAGCAAUGGCGGACUACAAUCUAAGGGCCGGACAGUGGGAUAAAGAUGCUCUGGCAUACCGCGAAGUAUAUGAAAAAGAGCAUCCAAGCGUGCCAGCACCCGAGGAAUUCGCGAGCCCUUCUCGAGACAGGCGAGCUAAGCGGGGUGUAAGUGGCUAUGCAGAGGAUACAGAUGGAGAGGAUGAACUUGAGCUUUAG